UCAACAGCCCAACCCACACCAGCCUCAGACACCACCAUGACCGGCUCCUGCUGCGGCUCCACCUUCUCCUCCCUGAGCUACGGGGGAGGCUGCUGCCAGCCCUGCUGCUGCCGCGACCCCUGCUGCUGCCGCCCCGUGACCUGCCAGACCACCGUGUGCCGCCCCGUGACCUGCGUGUCCCGCUGCACGCGCCCCAUCUGCGAGCCCUGCCGCCGCCCGGUGUGCUGCGACCCCUGCUCCCUGCAGGAAGGCUGCUGCCGCCCCAUCACCUGCUGCCCCUCGUCGUGCACGGCUGUGGUGUGCAGGCCCUGCUGCUGGGCCACCACCUGCUGCCAGCCUGUGUCUGUGCAGUCCCCCUGCUGCCGGCCCCCCUGCGGCCAGCCGACCCCUUGCAGCACCACCUGCAGGACCUCCUCCUGCUGAGACCCCAAUGCCCCCACAGAGCAAUACACUGAAGCCUAAACAUCUAUCUGGUGUUUUUAAAAAGUUAAAAGAAAAAUAGAUUUUUUUCACAAGGUGACAAUAGUGAUUUUUACCAUCUGGAUACAGCCUGGUGUAAGCAGACGUCCAUUACCACCCUCACCCACAUUUUCAGGGGUCUACAUCAGCCUUAGUCAUCAUGGAUAGUAAAUCGACCUUUAAGAAUUCCUGGGGUGGACUUUGCAAACACAUUCUACAACCUGAUGGUUUUUACUGCUCAAACUAUCACCAUCAUCUUUUGCAAUGUGUUGCUCACUGUUGUCAAUAAACUAAUUUUUCCUGGCA